AUAUAAAUGAAGGCAGAAACUGUCCUGACUCAAGGUUCCAGUGUCUGCAGACCAGGGUCACCUUUCUAUCUCAAAAUAAACCAGCAUCUAAAGCGCAGCAGUUUAAGUGGUCAUCGCACCAGUACCUGCCAUGGCUGAUCAAGAGGCUCAAGAAAACCCGACCCCUGCUGCCACCCCAGCUGCCCCACCGGCUGCACCUGCAGCCACACCUGCCGCCCCACCGGCUGCCGCGCGCCCCAAACGCAUAUCCCACCGUGGACGCACCGCAGGAGCCAGAGUCAGCUCCAAUCAACAGGAGGGGAAAGUGGAGGAGUUUGAGCCCUUCAUGUUAAUGCCCCGAGGACCGCCUCCACUUAAGGAGUUUCUUGAUAUCUGGGAUGUCGAUGUUCUCAAACGACCUCAAGAGAUCAAUAAACAAGGGCACCACACGCACCUGUACUCCAGCGACUUCCUCAUCGUGCGGCGUGCUCAGGAGUUUCAGAUCAAGAUCACCUUCGAUCGGCCCUACAAACCGGCCGAAGACAAGUUUGCAGUGGAGUUUGUCAUCGGGCCGAGUCCUCAGUACAGUAAGGGCACCUACAUUCCCGUUUUCCCAACUGAGGAUCGACAGAGUGUUUGGAGAGGCCGGAUCGUAGAGACCAGCGACAAUGUCGUCACAAUGGGCAUCACAACCUCGCCAGAGUGCAUUGUGGGAAAAUACAUGAUAUAUAUAGGUGUGGUGACUCCCUACGGCAUCCGCAGAACCAGAAGAGACCCGAGCACAGACAUCUACAUCCUCUUUAACCCGUGGUCACCAGCUGAUGCUGUGUUCCUGGAUGAUGAGGAGGAGCGUGAAGAGUGUGUUAUGAAUGAGCUGGGGAUCAUCUAUCAUGGAGCGUAUGACGAUGUGUCUGAACGCGCAUGGAACUACGGACAGUUUGAAUUUGGUGUCCUGGAUGCCUGUCUGUUCAUAAUGGAUAAAGCAGAUAUGCCGCUGUCCAACCGUGGGGACAUCAUUAAAGUGACCCGCGUCGCUUCAGCCAUGCUGAACUCGCGUGAUGAUGAUGGUGUGUUGGUGGGGAACUGGAGUGGCGAUUACACAUACGGUGUCCCACCGACGUCCUGGACCGGCAGCGUGGAGAUCCUCCUGGACUACGCCGGCAGCAGGGGAACGCCCGUCUGCUACGCCCAGUGCUGGGUCUACGCAGCCGUCUUCAACACCUUCUUGCGUUGUCUCGGGAUCCCCGGCAGGGUCGUGACAAACUUCUUCUCUGCUCACGACAAUGACGGCAACCUUAAGAUGGACAUCAUCCUGGACGAAAAUGGAAAACUGGACCGGAACCGCACCAAGGACUCCAUCUGGAAUUAUCAUUGCUGGAACGAGUGUUUCAUGGCGAGGUCUGAUCUGCCUCCUGGUUUUGGAGGAUGGCAGGUUGUGGAUGCUACACCACAGGAGACGAGCGAUGGUUUGUUCAGGUGUGGACCUGCAUCAGUAGCUGCUGUAAAACAUGGCCAGAUCUGCUACCCGUUUGAUGCCCCUUUUGUGUUUGCUGAGGUGAACAGUGACGUGAUUUUUUAUCGUAGACAAAAAGAUGGCACUCUGGAAGUAGUGAAGGUGAAUCCCACUCAUGUGGGCCGCAUGGUGCUGACCAAAGCUGUGCUGCACGAUGGACGUCGAGACAUCACUGAUCAAUACAAGUUCCCUGAAGGGAGCCCAGAGGAGCGGCGUGUGCUGGAGAAGGCAGAGGAGUUCGGCUGUCAGAGAGAGAAAGCCUCUCUUCCUCGGGGUGACGUGGAGGUGGAGAUCCCCAAUCUGGACGUUCGUGUGGGGGACAACUUUGACGUGACGCUGCAGUUUAAGAACCACAGCGAGCAGCGCCGCACUGCCGAUGUGUACAUCACUGGGACCGUGGUGUAUUAUACCGGAGUCCCAAGCGCAGAGGUGGUGUUUAAAACUCCCAAAAUCAAACUAGAUCCUCUGCAGAGUACGGAUGAGAAGGUGUUGGUGCGAGGCGAGGACUACAUGCAUAAACUGGUGGAACAGGCAAAUAUUCACUUCAUCGCUACGGGGAAGAUUAAAGAGACGGGACAGAUCAUUACAGCUAUGAAAGUUAUCACAAUGCACAACCCCAAACUCAUUGUGAAGGUCACUGGUUCUCCAAGAGUGAGUGAGGAAAUGUAUGUGUCUGUUGAGUUCACAAACCAGUUUAAGUUCAAUCUGGAGAAUGUGGAUCUGCGUAUGGAGGGUCCUGGAAUCAUGCCCUUCAAACACAAGCAAUACAGUCUGAUUGCUCCAGGCACCUCUAUAACGUGGACGGAGACAUUCAGUCCCAGACGGGCCGGCUCCACUAAACUGAUAGCCAGUCUAGACUGCGCUGCUCUCAGACAGGUGUAUGGAGAGACUGACCUCACCGUCCAGCAAUAAACACCUCAGAGAAUGAAGCUGAGAAACAGAUCGCUGUAGUCUUUGAUCCAUGAGAAAAACAUGUAAUCUCCAGCAUAUACUAUAUAAACACACGUACCUUUCUUUGAAUUGACUGCACUACUAAUACAGCUUGACAUUAUUUUUCAGUGGUGGUAUCAUUAUGUCAGUGGUAGCAGAAGUGCAUUGUUUUAUAUUUAGUCAAAAAUACAGUUAUUGCAAUUUAUACUUUCAUCCGUCAGUGAUUUUAUCUUAUGUAUGAUAAAUAAUUCUGUGGCCCAUAAAAAAAAUGUUUGCUUUUGUUUCUGACUGAUAAAAUGCUUUAGAAAGAAAUAAGCAUAACAUAAGCACACUUUCAGACUUUUGUCCCUGUGUCUUAUGUUUCUAUGUGCUUCCAGUGUUUCCAUGUCCUUAUUUGGUUUUUCCUGUUUCCUGUUCUUGUUUGGCUUGAUUAUGAUUCUUCCCAGCUGUGUUUAAUUAAUUACUCCACCUGUUUCAGUUCUCCUUGAUUAAUUUCCCAGUGUUCUUAAGCCUUGUGUUUCCUUGUCUCCGACGUCCGGUAUUGUUUGUCUUCACCCUGCUCGGUGUAUGUUACCCUGGAUUACGUUAUUGAAAGAAGUUUGAUUGUUCUCCUCGUCUUCUUGCUCCCAGAGAAUUAUGACAGAAUACUGGACCUAAAACAACAGUAAGCGGUGUCCCUCCUUCCCGUUUUGUUUUCCCUUUUUUCUCUCGUGGCAUGGAAACCGGUGCUCGUUUCAUUGCUCUGGCCCCCUGAGAUCUCCAGCUGGUGGAGUAUUCACGGGAGUUCUGCGGGCUCGCCGCAGCGGUGGUAUUCAAUGAUGCCACCAUCCACUCGCUGUUCUGGCACGGGGCCAACUACCAUCGCCCCGUGGAUCUCUUUCCAGGACACUUUCCAGACACCGGCGGAUCCUUUCCCUCCAGCUUAGUCCUGUGGUGUCUGGAAAGUGUCCUGCCCCGAGCCAGAACCAACCCGCCACCGUUUGCAGGGAAGCCAAGCCUUGAAUAAGCCAAGCCCGCCGCCGUUCGCAGGGAAGCCAUGAGUAGGGCUCCAGCCGUAGGGGCGGGGGCCACGGCCGAGUAUUGUAAACACAUAUCACUACCCUAGCUGAAAGUUACUUUACGGAGCCUAUCGUAGUUGUCAUAGUCUCGCUUUGCCUGUUUUCCUGUGUUUUCAUUCUAGCCUGUGUAUCUUGGAUUAACCCUUUGCCUUGCUGUUUCGGAUUGUUUACCACUGCCUGGAUUAUUGCUGUGUACCUGGAUUAUCUCUCUUUGCCUUGCCCUGUUGAAUACUGUUCGCUGAUCAAAAACCCACACUUGUCCUAGGAAUACUCUGUCUUGCCUCAUCUAUGUCUGUUUGCUGUGUAUCGACCCAUGCUCGUUUCAUGACCACGCCUUUGAAUAAAGCUCUGCAGAUGGAUCUCAUGUUCUGAUCACUCCGUAACAGAUACAUUGUGAGUGAAUUUGUACGUUAUAUUGUAAGGAUCAUUAAUGAUGCCUUGUGUUUAAUAAUAGUACAAAAAGAUUGAUUACAGAAAUUAAAGAGAUUUAAUAA